AUGUUCUGCAGCGAGAUGGGAGAGUUCAUGCCUGCACGCUGGAAUGCCACGUGGUGGGGCUACUGGGUCGUGUGCAUCACGGUGGAGGAAGUCUCCGAGAAGGGAGAAGAAGACGAGUAUAUUCGUUUUUUCCAAUACAAGGAGGAUGGCAGCAUCUGGGUGAAGACCACCCUUCUGCGCUUGUCCAGUCCUCCCGACAAGCACGUCUCGGAUCACCUUUUCCACAACAUCACCGAGUACACGGAGGUGCGGCAGGCCAUUUGGGCAAGCAUUGUUCUGGGACGGUAUGUGGAGUACCUGGAGGAGGGCGGCACAAGCCCGUCCGGUGCUCUUCCGACGCAGAGCGACUGGGAAAGCCGGAUGUACCUCUCCAGAUUUGGUUAUGGGGUGCAAGACGUGGAUCCGGUGCUGUCCUUGGCCGUGGAAAGAUACAUGGACCGGGAUGGGCAUCGGAAGUACGAGGUGCGCUGUGCCCUGAGGUUGCCGGAGAAGGAACUACCUGCUGGCCGAGCAGUUGCUGCUGCUUCUCGAGACGACAAAGAGAAGCUGCAGGUGGACGCGUUGUUCACCGUGCUCCCCCUCUCUUGGACCACGUGGAAACGGCUUUUUGAGCUGCGCGAGCAGCUCUACGAGCCGGUAAAGGAGUACCUUGGUGCGGGAUACGAAGCACACUUCGCCUCCGCGCCGUUCGCUCUACGCAUUGGCCUCGUCAACACGGCUGAGCGCCUGGAUGCCUGGGUGGAGAGGCUCGCCGAGCUGGUGAACAAGCGCCUGCUUCAGGGCCGCCUUUUGGGGGCCAUCCUCAGAUUCAUGGACGCCCCGGCGCCGGUGGAGAAAGAGGAUGGCACCCUUCAGCCUCAGGCCAACUUCAGCGGCGAUCGCCCGCUCACGGGCGGCUCACGAGAAUUUACCAUCCGCGAGUGGCGAAGCGACUGGCAGAAGGAGCUGAAGGCCAAGCUUCUACAGCUGGGAGCUGCGCAGCAGGCAUGGAAAAGCCAUGUCCACAUCAAAGACGACACCGGGUCCCAGCUCAUUGCGAAGUGCAGGGAGGACGGUUACCCAUACGUGACUUUCAUGGAUGCGGCGAACAAAGGGCAGCCGAUCCAGUUCCCUGUGUACGUCACGGUGGAUGCCGCCGUCCUGCAAGACAGGUGGGCGGAGCCGAUAGAGUUCGUGGUGACCUGCGACUAG